GUAAUGGCCGUCAACUCUAAUUCUACCUAAGUUCUGACAGGCUGGGUGCCUCUUGAUUCAUUCCCGGAUUGAGACCAACAGAUACAAAUCGCUCCAAAUUCCAAGCUACACUGUGUGAUUAUUGUGUUGGUUAUCUUAUCCCCAAAUGGGCCGCAGAUGUUAUUGUAUAUCUAAUAUCGAAAGAUCAUUCUGCGACCUGCGCCGCUUCGUGCCAAGCCAACCUCCUGAAUCCUUCAUAUGCGCAAAAUCCUCACAGCAACCAACAUCGUGGACGUCCCAAGCCGAACGUUUCGAUUCUAAAUGCUCGUCGAGACGCAAUCUUCCUACUACCAUAUCACCGUUACUCAACAGCCUAUCGAACUUGAGCCCUCCUAAGAUAUUGCAUCUCACUACCCACCCAUACACGCCGCGCGCGGACAGGCAACUUCGCAUACUGCCAGCAAUCAGAGCUAGUGGUGAGGACAUAAUGCCCACUUUCACUCCAUUCCCUCGUCUUCCAACAGAACUACGUGCUCAGAUAUGGGCCAUGACCAUUCAUUCCCGUGCUGUUGACGUCCGCGUUUUAUGCAACAGAGCACAGCCGGCAAGAGGCAAAGUUUGGGGUCGGCUCACCACAAAUAUGGUCUCCUCAACGCCCACUCCUGCGAUACUACAAACCUGUCGUGAAGCUCGUUACCAAGGCCUGUACGAACAAGCAUUUUCUGAGGUCCCUGACGCAGAUACUAUUGGGCGUCGUUAUAUCUGGCUUAAUUUUGCGGUCGAUGUGGUUUCGAUCGGGAGAUGUAGUCUUGAACCAUUCAAGACAGUCGCAUCACUUAUCCAGCGGCUGAAGAUGGAGCGUGCAAUUUCCGUCGAACGUGAUGCCUGGCAGAUGCUAAAACUCAAAGAGUUUGUCAAUGUGAAGGAGAUUUAUAUAGUUUGUCUUGAUGGCAUGAAAACAUGGCAUAAGGUUUCGGAAGAGUACUUUUACCCCUGUGGGAGAGAAAACCUAUUCUUCAUAAAUCCAGAUGAUAGCAGUAUAAUGAGGAGUAUUGAGAUAGACCUGAUGUUUGACGAGAUGUUAGCGGAGGAAAAUAGAAAGCUCCGAGAAGAAAACUCGUCUUCUGGAGAUGAGCCCGUGUAAGCGAGAGAUAGGCAAAUUCAUACAUACCUUUGUCGGAUCAACCCGGGUUCGAAAUCGUUGAUGAAUCAGAAUUUCACACACAGGAGGUUCUUCUUGUUUAUUGUUAAACGUUGUGUAUCAGAUGCGGUUAUGAGAUAGUCAUUGUCUACUAUCUAACCC